AAAAAGAAUCAGCUUGGUUAUAUUGUUGCAUGCCCUCUGUCUUACCAGCAUCAUUUGUCUUUGAAAAUCUGAGCUGAAUUCUCAUUCAAAUAAGUCCCCAAACACAGUCUUAAGAAAGAAAAUUAGCCAAUUAAAUUAAUCUAGUCUAAUGAAGAAAAUGAAAUGACAUUAAAGCUUUUAAGAUGGCUGCCUGUAACAAAAGGAUGACUGUGAUUGCAAGCUUCAACGUCUGAAGCUGUAAUGGAUUGUCUGCUGUUCACUGACAGACAAGCUGCGUAAAAGAAAGAAUGGUCCGCUGAUCGAGUACAAUGUUGUCAUGUUUUGGAGACUCCUAUUUUGUGGUAAUGGGACUGUGUAGAGCACAUGUGCAAAUACUGAAAGCAGAUCUUGAACGGUAUUAAGAUCUGUGACAUUUGCACAACAUCUCUGCAGAGCAUUACUGUAAAGUGCGAGCGAUUCCAAAACAUGCCUCUUACAUUUGGAAGAACCUGAGAUUGCAGCAAACUUGGGCAGAGUCGAGAAGAUGCAUCCCACCGGGAUAAUCACUUGGACUAAUCAAGGAUGAGAAAAUGGAUCACCGAUGGAGCAAGAGUACGGAGUGUUUUUGUGGGACAUGGCAAAUUCAGGAAUCACAAUCAACACAAAUACCAUGCUGUGGACCUCUGUGGAAUAGCAAAUUUCGUCAAGCAUCACUGCAACUCGACAAUUCCUCUUGUUAAACCAAGAAGUUGUACUCUGAGAAUUUGUGGGCUGGAAGAAACUGUGUAUGAAGGGGAUGAAGAACAGCUUGAAGCCUGGAAAGAUUAUUACCUGCCAGAAAGGAUGGAAAUGGAGGUGAUUGGUGCCAUUGAUGACUUCCCAUGUGAUGCAUUCGGUCUGCAGUUGGUGCUUUUGUUGGGUGAAGAUGGAAGGGUCUUUGCCUGUGAGGAUGAGCUUUUGCACCUCGUAGCCAGGAAUUUGAGGGACCUGUUCCAGUGCGAAAUGGCUUUCCCUGGAAUAGAGACCUUCAAGCUUGGAGAGUGUUUUGAAGAGCCGACUGAGGAAGAAUAUCUUGAAAUGAUGGAAAGCGAAGAUGUCAAAGAAAUGAAGAAAUUGCACAUAGAGUACAGAGAAUCUCUGGAGCUUGAUUUGCUGAACACUAUGAAUGAAAUCGCACAGAGCCGUGACGUUCAUAAACAAAAACAAGUGGUUUCAGAGGAGUUCACGUCAAGCACAAAACAAAGAUUUCAAGAAAAUGCAUCAAUAUGCAGUUGCAAGGUGGAAAACAGAGAAAAGGUUUGGUACAAUCAAUGUCAUUACAGGGCUUUUUGCCUAUCAAGCCAUGGGCUUAUUGUGUAAAAUGACAUGAAUCCUGUUCAAAUUCAUCUUGAUCUUCUGCUCUUCUGCUCUUCUGCUCAACAUUUAACUAGAAAAUAUUUCUCCGUGUCUUCUCAAGAUUAUAAGUGAAAAACAGUACAUACUUCUUCAGUUAGCUGAGGAGAUUUGAUCAGAGUGG